AUGACAGAAACACAAAGGGUUCAAAAGGACUAUUGGUCCACCGAGACAUACGAGGCUGCGGCUUCUUUCGUGCCCCACUUUGCCGAUACCCUUGUUCAAAGUAUCGACUUCAAAUCAACAGACCGAGUUCUUGAUAUCGGAUGUGGUGAUGGAAAGUUCACCGCAAGCUUUGCCCCUAUGGUAGAAUAUGUCAUGGGGGUAGACUAUUCGCCGUCUAUGAUCAACACGGCCAAGACACUUGACUAUGGGGGCGCGGAGACAGAGUUCCGUGUUGUCGACUGUCGACACCUUGAGAAGGAGCCUGAGAUCAUGAACGGAAACUGGGAUAAAGUAUCCUCGAAUGCCGCGUUUCACUGGAUAUUGAAAGAUUCCUCUACUCGCCUCUCAACUUUGGAGAACAUUUUCAAAUCAAUGAAGCCGGGGGGAACCUUUUUCUUCGAGAUGUGUGGGCAUGGGAAUGCACCGGAGAAGCUUACAUCCUUCAUGUUUGCGCUUGUGAGUCACGGCGUGCCUAUUGAGAAAGCGGAAGCUUUGUGCCCUUGGUAUUAUCCAUCGGAUGUACACAUGAAGGAGAUGCUUGAAAGUGUUGGAUUUCAAGUCAAGCAAAUUGAAUUGAAUCCGCAACCACUGCAAUUGACCUCCACCGACAACGGUGGACUUGAGGGGUUCCUGAGAUUGAUUGGAGCUCAGAUGCUGGAUCUUUUGGAAACAGAAGAGAAGAAAGACAGUGCUAUAGAGCAAAUGUGUCGGAUGCUACGUUAUGGGACCACAAGGGAGGACGGAAGCCAGUGGAUCACAUAUGCGAGCUUGAGAUGCGUUGCGAUCAAGCCUUGA